GAUACUGAAGAAAACUGUGAUUGGAUUUCUCGUGUAGAACUCAACAUAGCAGAAGUCAUAACAGCAAUAAAUGACAAAAGAACGAAAAUGUCGGACGCUCGAAUCAUAGUGGGUGGAAACGGACCACAAUGUUAUAUUGCGGAGAUGCUGAGGGGUGGGGUCCUUCAUACCAGAUCAGGUCCUGGUCGAAUCGUUGCCUCAGGUCAGUACAUUGUUCAGAAGGCGAAGGCAGAGUUGUCCAAAGUUGGGAACGUUCCGGCCGGCUGCAUCUCCCGAAUUCACGCGUGGGGCUGGCCAGGCGAGACUGGGGCAUACAUCGAGGUCAAAGACGCUGUGCUGAAAGGAGCCGAAAUCGCAGUUAGAGGACCAGGCGUUGAAAUCCCGUUGGUGGAAGUUGCCACUAAUUCGGACUACAUUUUCACCAAGUUUUCUAAAGAGUUUUUACGACUUCAGGUAUAAAAAUGUUUGCAUGAAGUUUGUCCGUUACCGAUAAAGUUUCUCUAUUGCGUUAACAGAGGAAAUCGCUGAAACACACCUUUCCCCGACCAACCCAGUACCACAUGCCUCUUGCAGAAAGCAUUUUGAACACGGUGCACGUUUGGUUGUCGAGUGAAUCCAUGUUGGUCCCCCCACCCACCAGCCCGCCCCACAACCAUGCCUCCCCGACCAACAACCAGUUUCCAGACUCCACUGGAGGGGGGCCCACUAAUCGACCCACGUCGCCCUUCCGACCGUACUCCCCUCCUUACAGUAUUGCCCCGAUUUUAAACGUGGGUGUGCCAACCCCAGCAGGGUCCACCUUCCCCGAGGGCACAUUCAUGGUUCAACCGUCCGUAUGCAUCAGUGGGCGAUGGCAACCGGUCGGCCUUAUCUCGGAGGGGACACAUGAGACAGUGGUCGCAGAAGUUAACAAACUCUGGGCCGAGAGGGAGGAACUUAUCUACCGAGAUAAGAACGUGGCUCCAACCAUCUUCCCAGAUUUCGAAGAGUUGACUCGACCUCGGACUCCUACGGAGAGCAAUAAAGCCAAAAAAGUGACAGGAGAUGGUGAAGAAGAACCUGAAGAUGACGAAGAGGAAGAAGGCGAGGAAUCUCAGGUUUUUGAAUCCGACCAGCUCCCCAAAGAACAGACCACCAAUUAUGAUACCACUCCAGUUUAUCCAAACGGAGGUGAUCCCAACGGACAGCAAGCAGAAGAACAACAAGAACAACAACAAGGCUACUAUGAUGAGAAUGGGCAAUGGGUGCCCACAAAUAACUAGGCUGCCUCUCUCUGGUUAUACAAAUGUACAUAAUGGUGGGCUUCCCCCUCAAACCUAAUUGAAUUUACUGACAAGAUCAUUCUUUUCCCCGUUUUCUCCAGAGACAUAAAUCACCCCGAGUGUAUUCAUCUUCGCCUUUAAUCUUUCAUUCUGCAAUAAAAAUGCGUACAUAACCGUUUGACUAGGGAGGAGGCACAUUCUCGACUAUAAUGCAGCAGCACCUUAUUACCAAAAGCAGUAUAGAUAGUUACAAGAUCAACCCUAUGACUUCCUCCAUGGGAAACUAAUUAAAAAGUGAUUUAUCUAUACGUGAUCCCAGUUCACUUUCUUGGCUUCUACAUAAGUAACUAAAUAUGUACAAUGGACGAUGAAAAAGUGGAACCCUAUCUCACUCACUCACAGAGACUUACAGACUAUUAUCCACGUUGUAAUUUAAAGCAGCUUCGAGGAGAAAAACUGAGGUCUAAGGUUAAACCAGCCACUUUUUUUGAAACACGAGACUUCUAGUCUCUCCACAAGCCAGGU